AUGCGGCUCAUGCACCAAUGGACCACAACCACCUACCUCACCUCCGUGCACCGCAACGCGCUCGUCUUCCGCGACUACGCCGUAACCAAAGCGCUGCAACACACCUACCUACUAGACAUACUCCUCGCCUUCACCUCUCUACACAGCGCCAGUCUCGCCUCCUCCCCCACCGCAUCUCACGACCACGUCGCCGCCGCACUGCACUACCAGAACAGAAGUAUAUCCGAGCUCAAUGAGCAGGUGUCGCUGGCUUGUAUUUCGAAAGAGAGUCUCGACCCGGUUUGUCUUAUGACUGCUCUUCAUGCUGUUGUUGCGCUUAUCGCGAGUCUGAUUCCGGCCACGCCGGGUGAAACGUUGGAAUCUGUGUCGAAGGUACUGAUGCGUGUUAGGAAGUAUACGAUGGGUAUGAAGGAGAUUGUGGAGGAGCAUACGGGGAGUUGA